CCCGGCACAUGCGCACCGCGGCGGCGCGCGCCCGCGGAGUGGCACUUUUUAAAAGUGCAGCCCCGAGGCCAGCCCGCAGCCGCCAGCACCUCGGUCCGAAGCCUGGUCCCGCCCGUCCCGGCCUCAAGCGCCCCCGUCCCACACCAGUCCGGCCCAGGCCAGUCUAGCGCGCACCAUGCCGGUCAAAGGAGGCACCAAGUGCAUCAAAUAUCUGCUGUUCGGAUUUAACUUCAUCUUCUGGCUUGCCGGGAUCGCGGUCCUUGCCAUCGGACUAUGGCUCCGAUUCGACUCGCAGACCAAGAGCAUCUUCGAGCAAGAGAAUAAUAAUAAUUCCAGCUUCUACACAGGAGUUUACAUUCUGAUUGGAGCCGGCGCCCUCAUGAUGCUGGUGGGUUUCCUGGGCUGCUGUGGGGCUGUGCAGGAGUCCCAGUGCAUGCUGGGAUUGUUCUUUGGCUUCCUUUUGGUGAUAUUUGCCAUUGAAAUAGCUGCGGCCAUCUGGGGAUACUCCCACAAGGAUGAGGUGAUCAAGGAAGUCCAGGAAUUUUACAGGGACACCUACAACAAGCUGAAAAACAAGGACGAGCCCCAGCGGGAGACGCUGAAAGCCAUCCACUACGCGCUGGACUGCUGUGGUUUGGCUGGGGGAGUAGAACAAUUUAUCUCAGACAUCUGCCCCAAAAAGGACAUACUCGACAACCUCACGACGAAGUCCUGCCCUGAGGCCAUCGAAGAGGUCUUCCAAAACAAAUUCCACAUCAUAGGCGCUGUGGGCAUCGGGAUUGCCGUGGUGAUGAUAUUUGGCAUGAUUUUCAGCAUGAUCCUGUGCUGUGCCAUCCGCAGGAACCGAGAGAUGGUCUAGAGUCAGCGCUGCAGCCGUGAGCAGGAAAGUUCACCCCUGAAGACUGUUGGUUAUUUUCUCGGGGUUCUGUGUUUUUUUGUGGAGUUUUUUUGUUGUUGUUUUUCUUUGCCACUAACUUUAGUAUUCAUUCUGCAUUUCUAAACAAAAAAGUUAUUCUUCGUUUGUGUUUUUAAUGCUUUAUUCAAUAUUGACAUUUGUAGUUAAGGGAUUUGGGUUUGCUCUGGUUUAUAUUUUUUUGGUCAUUUGUUUUUGCUUAUUAUGUUAAGCAGAAAUCCUGCAAUGAAAGGUACUAUAUUUGCUAGGCUCUAGGCAAAACAUAUUGUAUAUAAAGAGAUUUUUGUGUGUGUCUUUAAAUAGAUAAAAAAUGUCUAUCAAGUUUAAUCAGGUUGUAACUUAUGUUAAAGACAAUUUGAUACAUAAUAAAAGAUGAUGACAACAUCC